AAAUAGAACCCAGGUGCUUACAGGCAGGUAACAGUCUGAACUCAUCAACAACGCAUCUAUUUGUGUGACAGAGGGCAAAACAGCAAAACUUCGUUACUACAGCAAUAUACUCUACACUUUCAUACUCCGCUAUUGAAACAUACUUUUUUUCAGCAACCAUGGCAACGAUGACGGUGAAAGAUCAGAACAAGGACCUGAAGAAGGACCAACGGGACACGCAGGAGCUCAUCAACCAGCUGGUCUCCCAAAACGCUGGCUUGGAGGAAGAGAAGUUGAAACUCCUGACGGCUCUACGGUCAGAGAGGACCAUCCGGAAAAACGCCAGAAAAGAGAAUAAAAUUAAGGAGAUGGAGAAAAAUGUAGAGAUAGAAUCUCUCAAAAAAAGUCUGGAGGCAGAGAAGAAAAUCUCCCUGUCUGCCAAAGUUCACUGGAGUGGAGAGUUUAACAGGAUCGUGGGAGUCUUCAAACAGGAGCAAGAGAAGAUCAGAGAGACCCAGGAGAACAGGUUUAAUGAAAUACUUUCAGCCAUGCAGGGCCAGAACUUAAUCACCAUGGACGCGAAGCUCCGAACUCUGGCAGAGGACAGUGAGAGAAAGGUGAGCCAGGUCAUCCGGGAAAAGGAUGAGCUGAUACACAAAAUAACGGAGGAAAACACGGCUCUAGAGGUCAAGUAUUUGGAGAGCAAUGCCGAGCUCAUGGAGAAGGAGAGGAGGAUCAUCCAGAGCGAGGCAGAAGUGGGAAUAAAACUCACUGCUCUGAAAGAUGAAAUGAGCCGAGAGCUGGCUGCAAAGGAGGAGAGCUUUCAGACCCGGCAGCAGCUGGAGAGAGAGAACAGAGAGAAGGAGUGGGUCGACAAUAUGAGCCACAUUAAGAAUGAUUUUAAGUUCUUACAAGAGCAAAUCUCUGCUCUUCGGCAACAGACCCACGACCUCCAGGAGUGUGAGAAGAUGAGCAGAAGGAUGGAGGAGGAGUGGACUGAGAAAGAGAGCCAAAUGGAAAAUAAAAUUCAAAUCCUCAUUGCUCAAAACUCUGAGCUUCAGGUCAGUCUCUACGGCCUCCAGGAGCUGGCUCAGAAAACAGACAAGGAGAAGGCCAGGAUGAGAAAGGAGGAGGAGAAGGCCAAGAAGGAGGCGGAGCAGAGCCUGAAAAAGGAGAGGAAAAAGGCAAAGGAGCGAGAGGAAAAACAGGAGGAGGAAAAUAGGAAGCGAGAGAAGGAAGAAUUGAAAAGACAAAAGAAGGAAAAAGAGGAGAUGGAGAAACAAGUCAAGAAAGAGAGGAAGGAGCGGGAAAAGAGAAAGAAGGAGGGAUUUAAAAGACAGAAGAACGAAAAGGAGGCAAGAGUGAUAGA